AUGGCUGCCGCAAUCUACGACCUCUCCCGGCAAGUUGUGCAUGAUGAAGUGAAGGUGGCCAAACUGGACGAGGAGCGGCGUCAGUCCGCGUUCCUGGACCCCCACACCGACGUGUUGACGCCGCCGCGCACACCCUCGCCGGCCAACUAUCAGCCCAUGCAACGGGCGUUGCAGGAAGCGGCGGACAAAGUAUACGCGGGGAUGCCCGGGAAUUUCGAUGCACUCAAAGCAAGCGGCCCAAACUGAGUCCAGAACCCUUUUUAGUUAUAAUUUCGGGAUCAUCACUAUUUGAUUAUCCCACGUUUUAACAACUUUUUCCCUCAAAAAAUGUGGUUUAGGAUCUCCCCAUUGAAUUUUUGGUUAUUUCCCCUCAAGCUGUGUGAUUUGAGUUAAGAUUAACAAACUCUGAGUGCAUUGAAUUGAUCAACAAAGUGGAAAAAUUGUUUUUUGGUGACUUCAAGUGCAGAAUGGGGCAAAAUACGUCUUCUGUUUUCUUAAAAUUUAAACUUGCAGGUUUAACCUGCACAGUACCCAAACUGCAGCGCUCAGAUUUUAAUCAAACUUGUCUCAAAUUUAGGCAAUUUUUUCUUCAUUUCCAGUUUGCGUUUUACAGAAACAACCGGGAGUUUUAAUUCAAAAUUUGACACUUUUUUGCAAGUUUAUGCCUAAAUAAAAAACAACUUUAGAGCAGACGUAUUUUACCAUUCCCACUGCACUUGAAAAAACUUUUUCAAAGCACCAAUCCCUGCUCCAUACUUAACCCUAACUCUUCUCUUUUCAGUCAGUGGAGAAGCUUCCAAACAAAGUUUUGGAGCAGAUCUUUUCGUACCUGCUGCCUCAGCAAUUGCUGACAGCCGGUCAGGUGUGUCGACGAUGGAAAGAAAUCGCUUAUAGCGAAAACCUAUGGACCUCGGUGUCGUUCAGAGCUUCUCAUGGGGGAAUUCAGGUAGGAUUGAGCUUAUUUACUAAAUUUUAAUGAAUUUUGAGAAUUUUUCAUCAUGAUAAAAAAAUGAUUACAUUAAAAAGUUUUUGCCAAAAUCAAGUUUAUUUUGGGCAAAUAAGACUUUUUAAAGCAUGUUAAAGCUAUUUUAGGCAAUUUUAGAAUCUGUUUUCAACCAGAAAAGCUCUAUUUUUACCAAGUACAAUAUAAAUUUUUGAUGAUUUUGACGAAAAAAAUCGUUUUUUCAAAAUUCUUGUCCAAUAUAAAAAAAUUACAGCAGUUUUAGGUUUGUCAUGCCUUUUUUACAUCUCCAAAAGGCUGAUUUGUAAAGACAGACAGCAAAAAAAAGUCCAAGUUAUCUUCUCCAUCAUGUAUAACAUUAAAACAUUCGAAAAAUUUCACCAAAGUCAUCAAUAUUCACCCUUUCCAUUUCCAGGUGACAAAUCUUGACUAUUUUGUCCACCUGAUCGGUUAUCGAUUUACAAAACUCCGGCAUUGCGAGUUGGCCACCGACCUAAUUACCCCCAAUGUUCUCCAUGAAUUGGCCAACAGAUGUCCUCAUUUGACAAGUCUAACCUUGGACUUCUCAACGGCCAUGCAACUUCACGAUUUCACGGAUCUCCAGACCUUCCCUAGUCGACUAAAAACGCUGACUUUGUGCUUGAGCGAAAACAUUUUCCUUGAGGGGUUCCUGAGGAAGGUUUACACGUUCAUCUCGAGUGUGGAGUUUCUGCAUGUUGUGGGUGAGUUGGUGGGGUAUUCUGGCAUUUUUAGGGGGAGGAAUUUCGUAUAUUGGUUGUAGUGAACGUAGGAUAAAUUUGGGACAUGUUUUGGAAUCAAGGAAAGUCUUUAAGAUGUGGCAUUUCCAUGGGAACUGCUCAAUAUUUUACAGUAAAAGCUCUGACAUUUACAGUACAUGGCACACAUUUUUUUUGACAUUUUUCUAACGAUAAGUCAUAUGCGAGAUUGCAGACAGAAACAACUGAUCUUUUUGGUCCGAAAAUUGAGGAAAAUAAACUUUUUCCGCGUAAUACUGGCGUAUUUACAGCCAAAAGAGGAUUCUUGACCGCAUUUAGCGUACCCUCUGGUCUACGAAAAUCGCUGAAUAUACCGGAUAUGUUGCAAAGCGCAAGCAAAAUUCUUCAAGAAUUGAUAUUUAGCCUAGACACCUCAAUCCAAUAUAUUUGCAGGUACCUACGAGAAGGUUGAAGACGAGGAAGAGGAAGUUUAUGAGACCCUCAACUUUUACAAACUGAAACAGUUCACCCCCAAUCUCCGCGUUGUGAAUCUUUGGGGAGUUCCCUUUGUGAACGAUGAUCAUGUGGAUGCCCUCAGUUCGAAUACUGCGCAUCUCGAAUGUUUGUGUGUAAAUUACUGCCAAAAAGUGACGGGUACUUGUCUCAAAUUGUUGUUGCAGCGGUGCAAACGACUCAAGUCGUUGUUCUUGGCGCAUGCUCGUAAGUUGAAAAUUUUGCCUAAAUUUGUAUAAAAUUGAUUUUAUUAGACUUUUUAGAGCCUUUUCGCAAACACAUAAUUGAGAUUUUUAAUGAAAUUUCAGUUUUUGAGACUUGAAACGGAAUGCCAAAAUUGGCGGGAAAUUUAAGAUUUGAAUUUUUGAACUAAUUUUUGUCUAUUUUGGUGAUUAAUUUGCCAGGAAAUUGAAACAUUAGGUCAAAUUCCUCAAUUUCAUGACUUGAAACAGAAUGCCAAAAUUGGCGGGAAAUUGAAAUUUUGAAUUUUUGAAUCCAAAAAUCGAUUCUUGUCACUUCGCAAUGUUGUUUUGUCAUGUAAAAUUGAUUUUUAAAAAAUAAAAAUUUCAUUUUCCAGGCCUCGACAACGCCGUGAUCCAACAACUUCCUUGGGAGAAAUGCCAGCUGGAGGAGUUGGAUAUCCGCGGCACCGAGCUCUCCACGGACACCAUUGUCCAUCUCUUGACCCGACUAAAUCACUUAAAAUGGCUCGACGCCAGCUGGCUGGAGAACUUCACCGACCAAGCCCUCGAGGCGUGGAUGCAAUCGGGGAAGAUCAACAACAUGCAGUACCUGAGUUUGGACAGUUGCGACUCGUUGAGUGAGGGCGCGGUCACGGAGAUGGUGCUGAGGCAUGGGCUACAGCUCUAUGCGCUGAAUUUGGGGGGACAUUAUCGGCUGUUGGAGUACUUCUGGAUGAACAUGAUCCCGCAUUUGAGGAAUAUUCGGUGAGAAAAGGACUGCUUGACUUAUCUCGCUUCUUUAGAGUCCUAGUCAUGGGGAUCGCGGAAGAUUGCUGUCCCAAAGUGGUCUCCAAAAUCCAUAUCGACCAAUUUAUCGACUGCAUUGCUCAAAAUUGCCAUCAACUCAGACGUCUGGAGAUCCGAUGGGACGAUGAGACUCUUCGGUUCUCAGAUAAGUCCUCCAAAUUCAUCGAUGUUCUUCGUCUGAAGUGCCUGAGGCUGCAUUCGGUGGUCCUGAGUGAUGGGCAAUAUUACGAACUUGUCCGCUCGAAUUUCGAAAGAGCUGAUCGAUUGUCGGUGGUGAGGACGACUGAGAUGUGCAAAACCGGGCUACUGCAUUGCUCUCGGUAUUAUCAGGACUUGUUGUUCAAUUAA